GGAGUCAGCCGCAGUGUGUGGUUCAGUCUCUCGGAGGAACAUGGGAGACCCAGAAGCGUCGGUGAAGAGGAGGAAGAGCAAGAGGGUCUCCGAAGACGACAUCGGGGAGAUCCAGCAGAACGGAGACUUCCUCAUCAAGCCAGAGGCCAAGGCGGCUUCCCUGGACACAUCCCAGUGGCCCCUGUUGCUGAAGCAUUUUGACAAACUGAACAUCCGGACGGCUCAUUACACGCCACUAGCUAACGGGAGCAACCCGCUGAAGAGGAGCAUCCAGGACUAUGUCAGGUCGGGCUUCAUCAACCUGGACAAGCCGGCCAACCCGUCGUCCCAUGAGGUGGUGGCGUGGAUCCGGAGGAUCCUCCGCGUGGAGAAGACGGGUCACAGCGGGACGCUCGACCCCAAGGUUACCGGCUGCCUGAUCGUCUGUGUGGAUCGAGCCACGCGAUUGGUCAAGUCCCAGCAGAGUGCCGGUAAAGAGUACGUGGGCAUCGUGCGGCUGCACAACGCCAUAGAGAGCGCGCACACCCUGGCCCGGACAUUGGAGACGCUGACGGGCGCGUUGUUCCAGCGGCCGCCGCUCAUCGCCGCCGUGAAGAGACAACUCCGAGUCCGAACCAUCUACGAGAGCAAGCUGAUCGAGUACGACCCUGAGAGGAGGCUAGGGGUCUUCUGGGUGAGCUGCGAGGCCGGGACCUACAUCCGAACUCUGUGUGUCCACAUGGGGCUCAUGCUCGGGGUGGGCGGGCAGAUGCAGGAGCUGAGGAGAGUCCGGUCCGGAGUGCUGGGCGAGAAGGACCACAUGGUGACAAUGCACGACGUGCUGGACGCUCAGUGGCAGUUCGACCACAACAAGGACGAGGCGUACCUGCGCCGGGUGGUGUUCCCGCUGGAGAAGCUGCUGGUGUCCUUCAAGAGGGUGGUGAUGAAGGACAGCGCGGUGAACGCCAUCUGCUACGGAGCCAAGAUCAUGCUGCCCGGCGUCCUGCGCUACGAGGACGGCAUCGAGAUGAACCAGGACAUCGUGGUCAUCACCACCAAGGGGGAGGCCAUCUGCACAGCUGUUGCUCUGAUGACCACCGCCGUCAUCUCCACCUGUGACCACGGCGUGGUGGCCAAGAUCAAGAGGGUCAUCAUGGAGAGGGACACGUAUCCCAGGAAGUGGGGUCUGGGUCCCAAGGCGAGCAAGAAGAAGAUGAUGAUCCAGAAAGGUCUGCUGGACAAACACGGAAAGCCCAACGACAGUACGCCCACUGACUGGAAGAGCCAGUAUGUGGACUACAGCGUCUCCAAGGCGACACCAGAGUCAUCUGACACGCCAGCAAAGAGGAAGAGGGAGGCGGUCGACAGCGACACUGAAACUCCGGCAACGCCCAGCACGCCGCCGCCAGAGGGCGUGAAGAAGAAGAAGAAAAAGGACAAGAAAGUAAAAGUGGAGGAGGCGGAGCCCGAGGUUUCAAGUGCGAAGAAGAAGAAGAAGAAACUAAAACACGAAGAAGAGGCCGAGUGACGUGAUGAAUGAUGACUGGAUCUACAGAGGACAGGCCCCGCUCCCCCAUCUGUCUGAAAUGGCAUGGGGAUCUCCAGGUGACCAGGAGAGAGACUCCGCCCCCUCACCUGUCUGAAUGCCUUCAGGUGUUUUAGAACAAUGGCCACAAAGAGACUAUUUUUGUUUUAUAUACAUUUUAUUGUGUUUUUCUUCCUACUGUAAAUACCUGCACAUUGAAAAUAAAAGUCGUUUUUUUCUGUA